GAUGGGCUAAAUAAUUGACGGUACUCUGUCACAUUGUAGCUGAUAGCUCUACAGUCUAUUGGGUAUUGAAGUUAAUGUGUUCGCUGCCAUUUUUUCUCGGUUAAUUUUAUUGAAAAAUAGAGUACAACUAAAAAGCAGAAUGCCUGAAAGUAUCAAAUCAGCUGCUGAUAUCAAAACCGCACCUUUCGACCCGCGGUUCCCUAACCAGAAUCAAACAAGACACUGCUAUCAAAGUUACGUAGACUUCCACCGUUGCCAGAAGGUGCGAGGAGAGAAAUACGAACCAUGCAAUUACUUUAAGCGCGUGUACAAGUCCCUAUGCCCCAAUGAAUGGGUCGACAAGUGGGACACCCAACGUUCAGAAGGAUCUUUCGCGGGAAGGAUUUAAUUCAUUCGUCUAGUUAUUUUAUUUAUUUUUAAUUCCUGUUAGGUUUGCUCGUGAUGUAGAAUAAAGAGUUAAACUACAAAA